AUGUCAUCGAAGAAGAAGACGCCUCGAGCCGGUAAACGGAGCAAGGGUAAAGUGUUGGUACCAAAAUGGAAAUUAUUCCGAGCAAAAGAACCGCUGCUUUCUGUGUUCAUGUGGGGUGUAAAUCAUACGAUCGGCGAAUUGAUGCACGUUCCACCACCAGGCUUAUUGAUGCCAGAUGACUUCAAGGCAAGCACAAAAAUCAAAGUUGAUUAUCACCUCUUCAAUAAAGAUAAUAUGCCGAGUCAUUUCAAAGUGAAGGACUAUUGCCCGAAUGUGUUCCGCAAUUUGAGAGAGCAAUUCGGUGUGGAUCAGAACGAAUACUUGCGUUCACUGACUUGCUACGAACCAGAUCCUGAACACGAUCAGGCAGAUAAGAGUGGACCGCGAUUGUUCAUUUCGUACGAUAAGAAAUUCGUGAUCAAAACGUUGGAUUCAGAAGCAGUAGCGGAGAUCCAUUCAAUACUCAGAUUCUAUCAUGAGUAUGUUGUGGAAAAGCACGGCAAAACACUUCUGCCACAAUAUCUUGGCUUAUAUCGAAUAACGGUGGAUGGCGGUGAGACGUAUUUGAUCGUCAUGCGCAAUAUAUUCGGUCGGAAGUAUAAG